UAUUCGAUAAUAUUUUAUUUUUUUUAAUUUUAAUAAAUUAUUUAUAUUGACUGUUGUUUAUACUAUUCGUGUGUAAUUUUGAUUUAAAAAAACCUCUACAAGACUGACUAUUAUGAUUGGCCUAAAUCGUUCGGCCAAUUUCAUUAAACCGAAAGGGUGAAAGAGGAGAACAAAUUUGAAACGGAAUCUAACCAUUGUCGCCGACAGAAUGCUAUUGGCGUCCUCGUUCCUGACCCUAGCUCUGUUCAUGUUGUUAUUUAACCACAGAUGCAAUACACAAAGCCUUCCAUCAUUAUCAGCUAAAAAUAAUGGUUUUAUUGUCAAAUUACGAGGUAGACGGCUGUUCCAGAGUAAGGAAUACGAAGAAGAGAAUGCAUACUGCUUUACACCCGGUUGUGUGAAAGCUGCGGCUUCUGUAAUCAACAAUAUGGAUCUAUCAGUAGAUCCUUGUGAUGAUUUCUAUCAGUUCGCAUGUGGUAAUUUUAUAAAAUACACUGUUAUCGAUGAUGACAAACCGUCGCAGACGACAUUUAGCAUUGCUAGCGAUACACUGUUGAACAAGUUGCGAAUUAUCGUCACCGAACCCAUUCAGCCGGAUGAACAGAGACCUAUCAAAAUGGCGAAAUUAUUAUUUAAAUCGUGCAUGGACAAAGAAAAAAUCGAAAAAGAUGGCUUGAAACCGAUAAAGAAAAUGCUGAAAAACCUUGGUGGAUGGCCGGUGCUGGAAGCGGAGAAAUGGAAUGAUGAGGAGUUCACGUGGAAGGACAGCGUGUACAAGAUUAAAGAGGUAGGCUACAGUGUUGACUACUUCAUCAGAUUCUCCAUCAGCACAGAUGUAAAAAAUUCCAUGCUAAGAGCAAUUGAACUGGAUCAAGCGUCGUUAGGACUUAUGAGCACCGACGAAAAAGUCGUGAUUGGGUACUUCAGGUACAUGGUGGACAUCGCGGUGAUCCUCGGCGCUGACCGGCGAAGAGCCAUGAAGGAGCUGAAAGAAUCGUUGAACUUUGAGAUAAAAUUGGCGAAGAUAUUGCUAUCAGCAGAAGAGCGCCGGGACGCCACCAAGCUAUACAACCCGAUGAAAAUCACCGAUCUACAAGAAAAGUUCCCGAGCAUACCAUGGAAAGAGUACCUGAACAAAUUAUUGAAUCCGUUGACAAUACGCUACGACGACAUUAUAAUUGUAAAUUCACCGAAGUAUUUGUCGGAUCUCGAAGUCCUACUUUGUAAUACUCCCAAAAGGGUCCAAGCGAAUUACGUGAUUUGGAGAUUUACCUCGGACUCCAUCAAUUUUUUGACUGAAGAAUUGAGAAAAAGACAGUUGGAAUUCUUCACCGAGCUAACCGGUAGGACUGAAAGAGAACCCAGAUGGAAGGAAUGCGUUUCUAUAAGUUCUGAAAAAUUUUCAUUGGUUGUUGGGUCGUUGUACGUUAAACGGUUUUUCGACGAAAACGCUAAAAAGAAUGCUAUAGAAAUGGUGAACGGUAUUAAGGAGGAAAUGUACAAAAUAUUAUCAUCAAAUGAUUGGAUGGAUGAUGAAACAAGGAGAAACGCGAUAGACAAAGCAAAUUCGAUGACUAGUCACAUUGCAUAUCCAGAUGAAUUAUUGGACGACUGCAAGUUAAAUUCAUUCUAUGAAAAUGUAAUUAAUUAUCUUGAAAUCAACGAAAAAGACUAUUAUACGUCAGUAUUAAAUUUGUCUAAAUUUUUCACUGACUACAGCUAUUCGAAAUUAAGACAGCCUGUCAAUAAAUCGGAUUGGAUUAGUCACAGUAAAACGGCGAUUAUUAAUGCGUUUUACAGUUAUGAUGAAAACAGUAUCCAGUUACCCGCUGGUAUCUUACAAGGAGCAUUCUUCUCCAGCGAUCGUCCUCGGUACAUGAAUUACGGUGCCAUUGGGUUUGUAAUCGGUCACGAAAUCACUCAUGGUUUUGAUGACCAGGGCAGAAAGUACGACAAGCAUGGUAACCUACUAGACUGGUGGGCGGAGGAGACGAAAAAACACUUUUUGGAGAAAGUGAUGUGCAUCAUCAAGCAGUAUGGAAAUUACACGUCUCAGGAAGUCGGUCUCAAGGUGAACGGCAUCAACACACAGGGCGAGAACAUCGCGGACAACGGUGGCUUGAAACAGGCGUACAACGCGUACAAAGUGUGGAGCGAACGGCACGGCGUCGAACCGCGGCUGCCCGGGCUCCAGGACUACACGCCGGAACAGAUGUUCUGGGUGAGCGCCGCCAACGUGUGGUGCUCAAAGCACCGGCCGGAAGCUCUAAAGGCCGACAUCAUCACCAACUCCCACUCGCCCGACCGUUUCCGGGUCAUCGGGCCGUUCUCCAACCUGAAAGACUUCAGCAAAGACUUCCGGUGUCCGCUGGGCUCCAACAUGAACCCGGUCAACAAGUGUCAGGUGUGGUGAGACUGCCCGCCCCUAACGUGAUAUUUUAUUAUUAUUAUUAAUACUAAUAUUAUUACUAUUAUUAUUAUAAGUGGUACCUGUGCAAAAUUAUAAUAGUAUUUUAAUAUACCUAUAUAACCAUGUUACGUGUGAGCGUGUGUGUGUGUGUGUGUGUGUGU